AUGCUGCGGCUCCGCAGGGGAGUGUCCCCAGCCCCGGGGAGGGGGGGAACCGCCCUCCCGCCCCCCCCUCCCCUCCAGCAGCACCACCCGAAGGAGGUCAUGGCGGUGAUGGGCUCCGUGGAGCGGGAGCUUUCUUGCUUGGGCAGCCCCCCCAUUACCUUGGGCUUCACCCAGCUCUACACGCCGGCGGCUGUCAGCGUCCCAGCUCCUCGGGGGGGGGGUCUCUACGCCACCCCCCAAGGCCCCCAGCUCAGGACCCUCCGCUCGGCCUCGGCGGGACGGCUGCCGGCCAAGAGGAAGCUGGACCUGGAGGGCCCUGAAUUUCGCACGCCCAAGGGGAAGGGCAGGACACUGCUGCAGGUCCCCAGCCCCAGGACCCCCAAGUCUCCUGGGGAGAAGACUCGCUAUGACACCUCUCUGGGGCUGCUCACCAAGAAGUUCCUCUGCUUGCUGAGCGACUCUCCUGAUGGGGUUGUGGAUCUGAACCGGGCAGCUGAGCUGCUGGAGGUGCAGAAGCGCCGCAUCUACGACAUCACCAACGUGCUGGAGGGAAUCCAGCUCAUCCGCAAGAAGUCCAAGAACAACAUCCAGUGGAUGGGGACGGGGAUCUUCGAGGAGGCAGCAGUGAGAGUGAAGCAGCAGGAGCUGAGGGGAGAGGUGGCCCAGCUGGGCAGGACAGAGAGGACACUGGACCAGCUCCUGCAUGACUGUAACCUGCAGCUCCGGCAGCUGGUCGAUGAUGAAGCCAACCAGAGGCUGGCCUAUGUCACCUACCAGGACCUUCGUGCCAUCAGAGACUUCCAGGAGCAGACGGUGAUCGCUGUGAAGGCUCCUCCAGAGACACAGCUGGAGGUGCCAGAGUUCAGCAAGGACAACCUGCAGCUGCACCUGAAGAGCACCAGUGGCCCCAUCGAGGUGUAUCUGUGCCCAGAGGAGAUCCCAGAGGAGAGUCCCAGCAAGAACAACGAUGUCCCCUCCACUGCCAUCUCCCCACGAGCCCACACUCUACCCCCUCCCACACCAAACAGCCCCAGCCCAGCCCCACAGCCCCCCCACCCCAGCCCCCAGAGCUGGGGGAGCACAAGAACCCCCUCCUCACCCCCAUCUCUGCCUCUCACCGUCCCAGGGGACCCCAGUUCACUACUGGAGGUGGAAGCUGGGCUCCUGGGCUCCCCCCCGCAUCUCCUGCAGCAGACAGAGGACCAACUGCCUUGUGCUCCCUCCCACCUGGACUUGGGACCCUUUGUCACCUUCUCACCCCCCCUGGAACAGGAUGACUAUCUCUGGGGACUGGAGGGUGAGGGCAUCAGUGACCUCUUUGAGGCAUAUGACCUGGGGGAGCUGCUGAAGCACUGACCUCCUCCCCCUUUUGCUUUUGUCCCCUUCGCUCACUUGUGUCCUGAGCGUGUGGGGUCUCUGAGGGGUGGCUGGAGAGUGGGAGUGAGGGAGUGCUGGGGGUGUCUGAGGGUGGUGAUGGGAUGUCAGCUACCCUGGGUGGCUUCUCCUCACUCUCCUGGGUUGGUUGUUAGCUGGGGACUGUGCUGGCCACCUCAUUGGGCUGUGGGAAGGUGUAAACCCCUGAGGGGGAUCCACACAUGUCCCACCAUCACCCCCCACUGCCCUGGGAGGGAUUUGGGGGCACAGGGGCACCCCUGAGGUGGCUGAGAAACCUCUGCCCAGAGUGGGCUGCAGUGGGGAGGUGCCAUGUUUUGGGACCACUCCAGUUGCUCCCCAGUUAGAUUGGGUCUUGGAGAUGCUGAUGGGGCAUUUCUAGUGGCAUUCCACCUUCCUGCCACAGCUGGCAGAGCCUUAAAAGAAUUAAUCAGGCAGCAAAGUGACCUUUGGGUAAGGAGGGGCUGGAGCUCAGGGGUGGGCACUGCACCCACAGCCUCCAAAAUCAGUGGCUGUGGCAAACCCCUGGCCAAGACAAGGAGCCUUAUGCAUGGAGGGGGGGAGUUGCAGCCUCUCUCCCUCAGCCUCUCAGGGCUAUUGGUGCUGGGGGGCAUCAAAACUGGAGUAUACUGGGAGGAGGGGUGUUAGUGACUGGUGGCUGGAGCAUCACUGAUGCAGAGGGGCUUGGGGAAGCAGCAAGGGAUGAGCCCUCAGCCCUGGGGCUGGAUGUGGCUUUGGAUUGUGCCAUUGCAAAGGAGCUCUUAAUUAUUGCACUGUAUUUAUGGGACCCUCCCCCAUGGCACGGUGCUGGGGGGGGGAACACGGGGACAUUUGGGGUUUCAGUGAGUGUAUUUAAGUUGUCCUUCCUUGGGUUGGUUCUCUGGUGAUGG